AUGUCGGCCCAGGAGCUGGCACUGAUCCACGGCACAGGUUGCGUUGGGGCAGUGGUGAGCACAUGCAUCGCCUUGGCGCCCCUUCGGGAGAUGCUCCGUGCCAAGGCAGUGGGAAGCUUGAACGGCUUUGACACGCGGCAGUUGCCACUUCUCUUCGUGAACUUCUACAUUUGGGCCGUCUACGCCGUGCAAGUUGGAGACGUCUGGGUCUUCCUGGCCUCGAGUCCCGCAGCGGCCGUUUGCCUCUACAACAUCACCAGCGCCAUCACCUUGCUUUCGCACCUGCGCAUAGAUCAUCCUCUCUUGAAGCUUCUAAGAGCCUGGCACGAGGCCAGCAAAGAACAGCGCAGCAGUAUGCUGAGAAGGCUGGAGAGGCAGACGGUUGGAGGAUUCCUUGCAAUCUCUUUCAUCAGCUGCUUCCUGGGGAAGUGGGAACUCGCUGGUUUGGAGGUUGUCAGCGAGAGUUUUCCUGUGUCAACGAGGGAAGAGGUCCUGGGGUGCGUGGGGUCCAUGGCGGCAUUUGUCGCCUAUUCUCGGCCCGUUAUGCGCCUCUACACCUAUUGCUGUCGACGGGAUGCCUCGCCGAUCCUCCUGUCUCUGGUCUGCAUGGUCUUGAUUAGCAACACGUUGUGGACCGUCUAUGGCAUUAGCACGAACAACCCGUGGGUUUAUGUCCCAAACGGUUCGGGAGCUUUGGUGUCUAUCAUGCAGAUCUUUGUGCGCCUGGUCUUUCCCGGACGUCGCAGUCGGAGGGAUCAGACAGAUGGCUUGGAGAAGCCGGCCAUGACAAAAGACCUGGAGGCUAACUCCACGAGUGUGCACCCAGAUGAUGGAUCCCUGCGUCUCUCCUCCCGCCAGAGUUUGCAUGAAGAUUACUUGCUUUGGCAGCAGGACUACUUCAGAUGGAAGUCUAUGGCUGCGAACGUGUCGUCGACAUCUUCUACGGCCUCAGGGGGCGAGGAGGAUGCAGACGUAGGAUACGUAGGCCUGGCGGAGAAUGGUCAGCUGCUGCCCAACCAGACUAUCGAUAAACCUUCCGGAGUGCGGACAAUGGAGCAGCCAUGA